AUGUGGGAGCGGGACCGAGACCGAGACCGCGAACGCGACAGAGACCGUGAUCGCGAUCGAGGCUAUGAGCGUGAUCGCGAUGGAGGUCGCUGGGGUCGUUCUUCGGGUGCUUACCCUCCUAGGGAUCGCGACAGGUUCGAACGUGACCGCGAUUGGGAUCGAGACCGCGAUGAACGAAGGUUCCGAGAAGACAGAUACCGCGACGACAGAGAUCGCGACCACAUGCGAUCCCCUCGUUCGCCCCCUCAUCUUAGUGAUCGCGGUCGACGCCCUCCUUCUCCCCGGCCACGACGCCGUGACGAUCGACCGCCAGUCGCUGGUCCCGGUCCGUCAACACUCGCAUCGCGCAGUCCGCCCCGACCAAGAUCAAUUGCCGGUACUGCGUCCCCCUCCGAAUCGCAUGCCUCUUUGCCGAAGGCGCAAGACAACACCACCGACUUAGAAGAGGGGGAAGUUGUCUCGCCUGUCCGCCCUCUGCGAUACGCUUCCGACCGUGAUCGUGACCGCGAUUGGGAUCGUGAUCGGGAUCGUCGUUGGUCGCCUGGGCGUGAUCGAGAGAGGGAUCGUGAUCGGGAUCGCGACAGGCCCCCGAGACGCGAAUGGGGACGGCGCCCGGGCUCUCGGCCUCGCAGCCCAUCCCCGUUCCGCCGCCCUCUCGACGACGGUUGGGGCUCGCGCCGCGGGACUCGAACAUCUUCUCCUGUCGACCGCAAACCGUCUGCGAACGAACUCCAGCUCGACACCGGGCGCCCUGCCGACGCCGAUGCGAAACGGGACGGACACCGCACCCCUCGAACUCCGAUACCUAACGGAAUCGACGUUCGCCACCCGGCUGACGCUGUGCGACGAACAGCAGAGUCGCAAGGUGUGAGAUCGCCUGCAUCUGGCCGUUCGCCUGCCACACCUUUGGCCAAGUCACCAGCGCCGACAGAAGCCGAGAAGGCGAAGGAUCAUGUUGCCAAAUCUCCCAUCGCUGGAGCCUCUGCGGCCCCGCAGGUGGCGAACCGGCCCCCCACUCCCCCGAUGCCUUUGUCCGCUACUUCCGAGCCCUUUGAAUCCGCCGCGAAACCUGCCAUGUCGCCUCGUGCUGCGAACGCAGGUUCUCCGGCGCCUGCCGCUGUCCCUCAGGUCGAAGCUGCACCCUCGAAGUCGCCGAAACAGACACCUCUCGCACCGGACGAUGGCGAGCAAGUUGCCAGCGGACCUGCUCACCCGACUGAAACUGAUCCGGCACCCACAGGACCCAACUCAGUGACUGAUGCGGCCUCCGGGUCCGCACAUGAGCGAGAGCCGUUGCCCGGAAUCAUCGGCGAAUUUGAGGAGAAGACGGCUGCUGCUGAAGCUCCUUUGGCUCGUGAUGCAGGGGAUGUGGCGACUGAACCGCAGCCCGCAGCAAAGGAGAACAUGUCCGGUGAUCUGUCUUCGGCAAGGGGAGCGGCCGUCGCAACUGCGGGCGAACCUGCUGAUAAGCUUGCGGACGCUCCGAACGUCCAAACACAGAAGACGAUCGAAGAUUCAAGCGUCCAGGUGAAGCCAGCACCCAUUGCCGAAGCCAUUGAGGGUGCGAAGAGCGAGCUUAUACCUGCAUCUUCGACCGCUAUGGAGGUCGAUGGUCCCACAAACGCAGAAGCUGUUGUGGACGAUGCCCUCACAGAACCAACUGUCAGCGCCGACACCACUAUGGCGACGACGGGCGGAUCUGAAGCGCGGCCUGCAAGGAAGGCUGCCGUGGACAUUGACAUACCCAACGGCGACGCAGCUUCCCGCACUCCCAAAGCUCCGUCUAUGAUCGUUGACUCCAAGUUGGUGGAAGACCGUGUGUCUAGCGAGGCUCUAGACGCCAAUGCACGGGAUGGACAACCGUCGCGUGAUAACGCGAAGUCUUCAACCCCUCCGGUCGCUGUGGAACAUCCUGUCGUGGACGCAAAUAUCUCCGGAGCUGCCUCAGUUUCCGACGUCAUCGCUAGGCAGAGGAAGGCGUCGCCCGCCGCUUCAACCUCGGAAGAGAACGCUGGUGUCGCCCCUCCGUCUGCGGACAAGUCUCCUAUCAUCGCGCCACCCAAGGAGGAGCCGUCCGUCGCCCUAGCAUCGGAGCGCUCGGCUCCUGUAUCUUCGCCGAGCAAGGAGCCGUCUCCGACCCCCCCGACGCGGGCGAAGGAGGCAGAACGUCGCCCCUCCGAGGACAAGUUGGCCGCUGUCGAAUCCAAGCAAGUCGAGCCCCCGACGUCGUCUCCGGUUCAAGAAGAGGCUCCCGCUCUCAAACCCGUGGAGGCGACAUCUGAUCAUCAGGAGCGAACGCAAGAGCACACGUCAGACGCGCCUCCGGUUGCCGCCAAGGAGAAGUCCGUUAGCCCGCCCCCGCAGGCCGAGCCGGAACACGUUGCCGUGGCCCACCCUGCUGUCAAGCACUCGAUCACAAGCGACCCAGGGGUUUCCGAACGCGCAGCUCCUAUCUCGACUGAGGUGGUUACCACGGACACCAAGCCGACUGUGCAUGAAGAAUCGCAGCCGUCUGAAGUUGAGCAGCCUAGGGAGCAUGCACCCACCGAUGCCGAAGGGGACGUGACGAUGCGCCCGGCCAGUCCUCCGCCAGCACCCGUAGCCGCUGCCACGACUGAGGACGAUGGCGAUGAGACUGAGGAAGAGCCAAUCCCGCCAGGCGUAGCGGCAACCCCUCCGGUCGUGGCUGACAUCGUCAUGGCCGAGCCCGUUCAACCUGCCGAGCCUAGGCGGGCACCAAAGGAACUGGUUCCUAUCAUCUUCGAACAGCGCACACGGUCCUCGCGCGCCGUGUCUCGGGCGGAACCCACAGGAGACAUUGAGAUGGCUGAGCCGGAAGUCCAUACUGAGAAGACAGUUACAUUUGUCUCUCCUAAGCGGACCCCGAAUGCUUUGAAACCAGCUACCGAUGACGUAGUAGCUCCGGCCAGCCGUCGAAGACCUUCAAGACGAUCAAUCUCGAAGGAGAAGGCCGAUGUUCGGGCACCAGACUCUGUCCAUGGUGGCACGGACGCUGAGACGGAGCCCGAUACUGCUCGCGAAACGCAGGACGAAACCACUGCUGAGGUCACUGCCGAGGACCUUCGCGAGGCGAAGAUUGCUCAAGCUGUUCUCAAAGCGGUGCAGCAAGGGGCCAACUCUGAAGUUGUGGUCGACCUUGUCCUCGACUGGAACAACCGCGCAGCUCCGACGGAGAGCACACGCAUACACGAUGACCCGAACUUCAACGUCGAUCGUCACAUCGCAGAGAUCACAGCUCCUCUUAGCAAGAGCGUCCCACGUCGCGUUGUCAAGGAAGUGACGGAGACUAUCAAGGAAGAGCAGCGCGAGUACGACGAGAAGGUUGAGCGUCUUCGUCAGGAGUACCUUGACCUCGAUGCCGACUGGCGCAGGCAUCGGGAAUUCCUUGACAAGCUCAUGGAGAAGCGCGGGCCGCCGCCCCAGGAUCUCUACGCUAUUCCCGGCAGCAUCCUUCCUGCGCCUACACUGCCGCCCGCGACUCCAAUUGGCGAAGAGCCGUAUCCUUCCCGUAGCAAUCGUCGACGAGGCGCGGGAGAUGCGGUGGCUACGGAAGCUGAGUACCAGGCCAUUCUGGCUGGCCUUGCCGACAGCGCUGCGAAGGAUCCAACGCAUCGUGCCGCCAAGACCGCCGCCACCAUCCCCGACAUGAUCCUGACUAAGGAGCGUGAUUUCGUGUAUGACGACGAGAACUAUCGCGUGGAUGACCCAAUUGCAUUCUACGACUUCGAAGGUGGUGGCGAGAAGGUCUGGACCGACGAAGAGCGCGUCAAAUUCCAGAAGCGCUACCUGCAGUUCCCGAAGCAGUUUGGCAAGAUUGCUGAGGUCCUGCCCAACAAGACGGCUGGAGACUGUGUCCUCUACUACUACCGCACCAAGUACGCCAACGAUUACAAGACGUUGCUGGCUUCUCGCCGUGGUGUGAAGGCGCGCCGUGCCGUGGCUAAGAAGAAGAGCUCCGCGCUACUGGCGGACAUUGAGCGUCAAAAGGUCAACACGAGCAACAAGGGUCGUCGUGACCGUCAAACCAGCUCCGGCAACUCUACGCCUCAGCCAAGCGGUAGCCGCAAGUCGCGCGGAACCCGCGAGACCGAAACACCGGCCACGCCGGUUACCGAAGGUCCUCCUGCUCCUGCGCCUCGAAGCCGGAAGAAGGAGAGAGGCGACAAGGCCGACAAGGCUGACAAGGUGGCCGACAAGGUGGAGAAGGAGAAAGCGGAACCGUCCGUUGACCCCGAAGACCCGAACGCGGUAUCCUCCCGUGGCGCAAGCGAAGCCCCGACGCCUUCUGCUACGAAGGCGAAGGCGCGCGUGACCGUCAAGACAUCAAGGAAGCGCCAACGCCCGAGCUCAAUAUCCAAGGAGCCGGUCGGGAAGGAGGAAGGUAUUCCUGCUGCAGGCCCCGCAGCUCCAACUGCUACGCAGCCCGUUGCUGUUGCCGCUGUGCAGCCCGCAGCGCCUGCUAUCGAGCCAACUCUUGUUCCACCUCCGAACGGACCGCCCACCAUUGUCACAACCGACGCUAGUGGGCAGCCUCAGCUCGUGGACGCCGAGUCCGGUAUUCCGAUUGACACCGGUCCCUUGCUUCCACCGGUCAAAAGGACGAAGCGUCGCAAGAUCGUUGAGCAGCCAGCCGAUCCGAACGCGCCUCCCCCCGACCCGAACGCUCCUGCGCCUCCACCGACCGAGAGCAAACCCCGUCGUUCGACGACGAACUCGUACUGGUCGGUAGCGGAGAAGCAGAAGUUUGUCGAGCUUGUGCGCGAGCAUGGCACCGACUUCCGCGCGAUCGCCGAUAAGCUCGGCAACACGAAGACGGUCAUCCAGGUUCGCAAUCACUACAACAUCACGCUCAACCAGCUUCGCGCCGACGGCAUCGUCGCUCCGGCAUCGACCGAUGUCGGCGUACAGCAGGUCAAGGUCAACGGCAUUCCCCCAGAGACGAAAUCGUUCAACGCCACUCCAGCCGACUUCCCACCACUUCCUGGUCACAAGCAGGCCCCGGCUCCUACUGCGCAGUCGACGUACGCUCCUCCCCCGCUCGCUGCUGUCGAGCGGCGGCCAUCGCACUCAACGCACGAGCCGCGUAUGGCCGUCUUCCCUCCCAGUCCGAGACAGAGCCAUGCUCCACCGCCGUCGAACCCCGCUCCCUCGGCGCCUCCGGUCAAUCCGCCCUCGCGGUCCGGUGGGAUGCGUAUCUCUGCUCUGCUGAAUGACGAUCCUCCAAAGGAGACCAAGCCAUUUGACAACGCCUCUGUCAUCUCUGACGGCACCGUCGACGAGCGCGAGUUUGACAGCGUCCCGCGCCGCCCUUCGCCCCGCCCAGGCUCUGCGCAGCUGUACCACCACCGCAACGAGAUUCCCUACGACCGCCACUCUUCUUAUCCCGAGCUCAGCCGACGGCCGUCUUAUGGAGACCCUCGGGAUCCACGGGACCCUCGAGACCCUCGCGAAAUCGCGCAGGCACAGGACGAGUAUCGUGGCAUCCAUCGUCCAUCGUCCGCUCACCCUGACGAGCGCUACGCUCCUCACCCCGCGGAUGAGCGAUACGCUCACGCACCGUCCUCGAGCUACUCGUACGCCGCGGCGGCUUACCAUGCGUCGCACGAUCCCCGUGACGUCCGCGACCCUCGCGAUGUUCGAGACGUCCGGGACGUGCGCGAGGUCCGCGAGGUCCGCGAUGUGCGGGACCCACGUGAGCUGCACGAUCCUCGCGAGAGCCACUCCCACGCCGCACACGCCGCGCACGCUGCGUACUACCGACGUUCCCCGCCACGGCACUCUGUCGGUCCCCCGCCGCUCCACACGCCACACGCAGCCCACUCGGCGCACCCUGGCCAUACCAGCCACAGGCCGGGGCACUGGGACGCGCCGAGCCUUCCGUCCCUGGGUGUGUUCCCGGAGCGGCACCACGCUCCACCGUCACAUGCCUCGCACCUCAGUCCGCACCCUCACACGACGCACACCUCAUCUUUGAGGUCAGCUGAGUACAGGCAAGGUGACUGGCGUCCGUAUCUGACUUCGGCGCCGGCGGCCAACGGCCGGGACCGUUCGCCGCAGCCGUAUGCCCCGCGUUAG